CACACCCGCUCGAUACAACUAACGACCGCAAGAAGGCUCCCCCAUCAAGCUGAGCCGGCCCUCUCUCCCUUAGAACAAAAUGGCGUCAACAACUAAGGCUGUUCAGACUUUCGGUAAAAAGAAGACCGCAACGGCGGUCGCACACGCCCGUGAGGGCAAGGGCCUGAUUCGUAUCAAUGGCUCUCCCAUCAACCUCGUUCAGCCAGAGAUCCUCCGGUUCAAGGUCUAUGAGCCCAUUCUCGUCGCCGGCGAGGAAUCUUUUGCUUCCGUCGACAUUCGAGUGCGCGUAAAGGGUGGUGGACACACUUCCCAGGUCUACGCCAUCCGCCAAGCCAUCAGCAAGGCCAUCGUUGCCUACUACGCGAAGUACGUUGAUGCGUACAGCGCCAUCGAGUUGAAGAAGAAGCUAGUUGCAUACGACCGAACUCUUUUGAUCGCGGACCCAAGACGGAUGGAGCCCAAGAAGUUCGGUGGUGCUGGUGCCCGUGCUCGCAGGCAGAAGAGUUACCGGUGAAGGAUUUUUGUCGCUGUCUAUUUCCUUGCAUCAUCAUGUGUUACUUUUCCUCCUUGCUAUGACAUGACAACAUGCCUCCCCUUCAAAAUCGACAUGUUCUCUAUGGGCGGCGCCCUUGCGCUGAUAUG